AAAUAACCUUUCAUCUGUAGUUACUCUUUACUCCGGUGGGAAGAAUCCCAAGAGACUGAGAGGAGGUUAAAAUCGGUCAAAAUGGAACUCACCCCAUCAACUUUCUCGAAAGAAAGGGCGGUAAAAUUUAAAAUAUCUGUGCAGCUAACACCUGGGUGAAACUAGUUUUAUUGCACUUUUUUAAUCUAAUUACUCUAGUGGAAUGAGUAGAGACAAAAAGUGGGCGUUUUUGACUUUGAAUAUUAUUAAGAGUGACCCGAAAAAAUUAUAGAAGGGAUAUACUUGAAAGAGCUCAAUAUGGUGCUGAAAAUAAGUUUAAUCGUCCUAAUUUCAGGAAUUCAUGAUCUGGUGGUAAGUGGAAAUUUUACGAGCUCGAGGUCUAGAGCACGGGUCCGUUCGGGCUUCGAGGACUUCAAGGAGAUGCUCCUGUGGAGCGACGUCUUCGUGGACAAGAGCCUCUUCAUCAGAAACGUCCUGGAGGAGUUGGCCAAAGUCGUCGUCGUUGUCCGACCCCGCAACUGGGGCAAGACCACCAACAUGGCCAUGCUCCGACGCUUCUUUGAAACCGAGAUCAGCUCCGACGGGGCACCCAUUGCUGAGGAGGCCCGCAUCAACCAUCGUCUUUUCCAAGGUGGUGCCGUGGACCUCGGAGUCGACGGCAGGCAUGUCUUCAAGGCCCUUAAGAUCACCAAUCACUCCAAGGCGAUGAAGCACAUGGGCAAGUACCCAGUGAUCUCCGUGAGCUUCAAGCCGAUCAAAGGCUACGGCUACGCCCGCAUUCUGAACGUGCUCAAAGUGACACUGAUGCAACUUUUCCGGACCCACGGGUACUUACAUUACUCCCUCCACGGCGAAGAGAAAGCUCGCUUCGAGAGAUACCUUGUGGCCGAUCUCACGGAACACGACGUGCGCAGCGGAAUCAGUUUCCUCAGCGCGCUCCUCCACAAACGUUGGAACAAGAACGUCGUCCUCCUAAUCGAUGACUACGACACACCAAUCAUCAGCUCCUACUGGGAGCUCAUGGAGAAGGAGAAAGAGCUCAAGGAUGUGAUACGGCUUUUUCGGGAUAUCUUCGCGUUUAGUGUCAACUCCCCGUUCGUGCACAAAUGCGUUGUUACAGGAUUGGUGUUGUUCGAGCAAGCGAACCCGUUCAAACGGGCGAACGUGAGCGUAGCUCAGUACUCGCUGCACUCGGAGAAGUUCACCGACCACUUCGGGUUCACCGAGCCGGAGGUGGACGCACUACUAGCCCGGUGUCCGACCUCCAUGCCGGCUGCGGAGAUCAAGCACUACUACAACGGCUUCGCUUGGGGGAAGCACAAUCUCUUCAACCCGCACUCCAUCAUGGAAUGCCUCGUCCACGACGGUCAGCUCGACCAGUACUGGCUCGACUCGGCCAGUUCCCUCACCAUCGACGUCCGGGUCUCCAAGGGACCCGUGGUCGACGACUUGCACCACCUCCAGAACCAGGGGCUCAUCGUCGACAGGAUUUACGAGGAGAUAAAUUUCAUGGAGAUCUUCGGAGGAUUCAGAGAUAUGUGGUAUAGUUUGUUGGUCAUGGCAGGGUACCUGGACGUAGCUGAGGAUGUGGAUGAGACCGGUGAAUAUUGCCAUCUGGUUUGGAUACCCAACCAAGAGAUAAAGGAUAAGUUUGUCCCUAAGGUUUUCAAAUGGUGGCUCAUGAACGAUGGCGAUUGCAUGAUCUCAAUAAAUAUGUAAACCGAG